GGUUUGCGCUAAUUCUCUCUUGCUUUCGUCUCUUGAAAGGUUUGAUGAGAAUAAUGGCUGAAUCAAGAAAUAAGCUAACAGAAGAUGGAGAAGAGGAAGAUUACAUGGGAGACCUCUCUCAAUUUCUUCCUCCUGAAACCUCCAACUCUCCUAUAUUAUCUUCCAAAAAGAUUUCAAGCAAUAAAGUCUCAGCUGGUGAAUCAUUCAAGAAGAAGUCCAAAACCCUCAGCUGGCAAGAGCAGCGUAGACGUGAAAGAGAGAGAAUGCAACAACAAGAGGACGAGCAAACCUUAGCGAAAAUAGAGGCUCCGAUUCCACAAUCGAACAUUGGAUUUAAGUUGUUAAAGCAAAUGGGUUAUGUCCCCGGUGCUGCUCUUGGUAAGGAGGGCUCAGGGAGAGCUGAGCCAGUGGGGAUUGAAAUUCGGCGGACACGAGUUGGGAUUGGAAGAGAGGAUCCACAUAAGGAGAAGAGGAAAAGAGAGGAGAUUGAGGCUGAGUGGAAGAGAAGGAAGGAAGAGGAUUUGAUGGUAGAGUUUGGUUCUCGGCAGAAGUCACAAUGGCGGUGUAAGAGGGUUGUAGUAAAUUUCCGAAAAGCAAAAGUAGCGCUUGACCAGUUGGAGAACAGAGAAGUUGUAGAGAUAAGAAAGAAUGAGGAGGAGGGUGAAGAAGAGGGAGAAGAAGAGGAAGAGAUAACAGAGGAGGAUUUGCAAGAAAUUUUAAUGAAACUGAGAGAUGAACAUAGAUACUGCCUGUUUUGUGGAUUUCAGUAUGAAACAAAAGAAGCGCUUCUAUCUGACUGCCCUGGAACAGACGAAGAUGACCAUUAGACUGAAUUUUGCCGUUUAAGGGUGCCUUUUCAGAUGCAAACUCUUUUAUAAGAUUGGAAAAUCAGGCUCUUUUUCAUAUUUUAUGGUGGACAAAGUUGCCUUCGUUCUGAUCAUAUUUGAAAUACAGAAAAUGCAGGAAGGGAACAGGUUGUUUAUAUUUAUAGUUCACAUGCUGCAGAUGGGGAUUAUAUCCAUGGUAUACCUUGUAAACGUUUGUCUUAGGGUCUUCCAUGAUUAGGGUUGGAUAGCUGCAUUAAUUGUACCAUACAACUAGUUACAUACAAUAGUUAGUUAAUUAGACAAUGGAGUUUCAUCUUUUCCAAGAGCUGAGUCCAAAUAUUGAUGUUCAUGAUUCUAUACCAGUGUUUCACUGAUUCAAUUA